AUGUAUCUCAGCAGUCUUGUUUUUGCUGGUCAUCUUCUCCAAUGGGAAAAAUGGUGAAGCAGCAAUGGAGAGUGAGAGAGAGGGACGCAGGAGGUUGCUCAGCUGCGGCACCAGCAGAGAGCACGCAAGUGGAUACUCAGCUCUCCCCCUGGAAUAGCGAGGCUGGGGCAGCAGAGCAGCAGGAAGGACCCGCAGAGCUGUUGUGCAGAGCUGUCGCUGUCAGGCUGGCGAAGACGGGAACACUCAAAAGAAAAGCAUCGGGAGUGUCCUGACAGGUACAAGUGAGGUUUUGUUCACGUGCCAUGGCUCGCUUCUGCCAGCCCUGAAAGUGCUGUAAAAGGUGAAACAAACCCACAGGUGUACCGAUGGAAAAGACAGGAGACACACAGAGUUGCCAGAACAAGAGUGAGGAAGACAUCCCAAAGAGUUCCCCAUUUGACUUUGUUAUAAAACAAUUCCAAGGGAAGAGAUCCUCUUCUGGAAAGAGAAAAGAGCAGCCUUCAGCCAUCCAGAAGUUCUUCAGUGGCUUUGACUUUGGGAAAUCAGAAGGCAAGGAAAGACAAGAAAUUGAAGAAACAGAAAUAAACAACUGUAGAGCUGAUGAUCAGAGUGAGAAGGAAAAUCUCUCGGUAGAAGAUGAAUCUUCACAGCUGAUUUCUGAAGCAGAGUCACCAUCUGGUGAGCAGAGAUUGAACCAGUUCAUGCAGAAACUGGGAAAGAAACCCAACAGCAAGAACCUGGAUCUCAAUAAUUGUGCAUUAAGUGCAGCAGAUGUAACAGAGCUGGCUUCUUUACUGCCAUUUCUCCCAGAGCUGGAAGAGAUCAGCCUGUCCUGGAAUGGUUGUGUUGGAGGGACUUUGAAAACCCUCACUGCUCAGUUCCAUCAUGUGAACCUGCUAAAAGUCCUUCGACUUAACAGCUGCAGGCUGUCAGCUGAGGAUGUCACCUCCUUAGGAGAGGCAUUUGAAAUUGUUCCUCAGCUUGAAGAACUGGAUUUAUCAUGGAACAGCAACAUAGGUGGCAAGCUAUCACUCCUGACAAAAAAACUUCGGAAGGGAUGCAAGAUUAAACUCCUGAAAAUUACAGAUUGUAACCUGACAGCCAGAGAUGGAGAAUCCCUCGCUGAAAUACUAAAUGUGCUCCCAAACCUUGAAGUAUUAGAUCUCUCUAUCAACAAACACAUUGGCUGCAGCAUGAAGGUCAUUGCUCAGGAUCUGAGAAAUGUACCAGGCCUCAAGGAGUUGAACUUGCACAUGUGUGGAUUAAAGCAGGACAGCCUCCAGGGCUUAGACACUGCUUUACAGCACCUUACAGCACUGAGAAAAUUAGACAUAUCGUGUAACAAAGAGAUUGGUGGUGGCUUUAAAGACUCAGCAGCUCAUUUGGCCAGCUUGAAAAAUCUCGAAGUCCUUGACCUCCACCAGUGCUGUGUAACAGAAGAAGAUGUGACCGUUUUGUCCCAGGUGAUACCUUUACUCUCCAGUCUUCAAGAGCUGAAUUUAUCCUGGAAUAAAAACAUAGGAGUCUCAUCUGAUCCUCUUCUCGGCAGACUCAGAUUUUUACCGAAGUUGAGGUCUGUAGCCAUCAGCAAUUGUGGAUUAGGCAUGGAGUCCUUUUCAUCACUGGCUGAGGCUGCCCUUCACCUUCCUGAACUGGAGAUGUUAGACCUUUCUUGGAAUAAGUGCGUUGGUGGAAACCUAAAGCUGCUUUUGGGAGCACUAAAGCUUGCAACGGAGAUUCAAGUGUUAAGACUGAGCAGCUGUAACUUGGUGGCUGAAGAUUUGGCGCUUCUAACAUUACUGUCACACGAUGGCCACCUAGCCAGGUUACAGAAGCUGGAUUUGAGUUACAAUAACACCAUCUCUGAUGAAGGGUGGAUGAUUUUCUGUCAAGGCUUAACAGUAUUCAAAGAACUCUCAGAGCUGGAUGUCAGUCUUCGUCCAUCAUCCUGCCGUGUCUGUGGGAAGUGGUUCAGUGAGUUGUUAGCAGCACUGACAAAGCUGCCUGCAUUGGCAGAGCUGGGCAUGCAAAGAUGGGUCCUUUCAGAAUCGCAGCGUAAACAGCUGGAAGGCUUUAAUCGAGACCACAAAAGAAACAUUCGUUUUGACUGUUGAUGGAGGUUGGAGGUUUCUGGAAAGCCUUUCACAAGCAACGUAUGAACUAAGUAUUGUGUGUCUCUCACUUAGAAAACUGCUUGAAAUAGUUCCAAAUUUAUAUAAAAAACAGUUAUUCAACUUCCUACACACGUGGAUUACUCCCCUCGAUAACAUAUUCUUUCAGAUUCUCUGGGCCAUGCUUACUCUGCUAUUGUGACACUACUGAAUGUGCUUAAGUUGUGAAUACUGCAAUGACUGAUACCAAAGGAGCAAUGACAGUGUCAGAUAGACACGUGGCAGGUUUGCCAGUGCAAGGAAAUGAGUGGAGUAUGCACUAAUGCAGAUGGAUGGGCAGUGUAAUUACACAUACCAGGAAGAUGUUUCUAAUGCAAAAAUAUCUGAAACUCUGUGUUUUAGAAUUUUGUUCCCCCUCCCCCAUACAUUUUAAUUUUUGUGAAUGCAUUAAAGCUACAUAAUUGUGAGAUUUGGAAAGCAUCCCAGCAGCUCAGGAGUAUAUGUCAGUCCAGUAGGAAGAAAACAGCAGGAGUUGUUCUGCCUCUGCUAUGGCUCUCAGUGCCAUCUGAUAGCAUAGAUGAAUCCUGCAUACAGAAUCAGCAUAAAAUCAAGUUUUUGAUGCAUUGGUUCUACAGAAAUGCAGCUCUUAUUUUUCAGCUUACAAAAAGAAAGAUGAUGAAAUAAAGCAGCCAACUCUGACAGCAGUUCCUCCAGUCAGUAUUCAUCUGUAUGAUUCAGCACAAAAGUAAGUGUCUCCAUGCUCUUGCUUUCCCUCUCUGUCUCAGCUGUCAGUGUCAGUGUUACCCAGGCUCAGUGCAUGCCAGGAGUGCAUCUUCAUACUUGAGCAGAAGGCAGCUCUUGGUUGUAAUGUAAGACUUUGCAAAAGGAAGGUCUCAGUGAAGUAAGAACGAAAAGAUAGGAACAAAUACCUCCUGUAUUUGAUUGUCAUCCAGGUUCAAUAUCUCCAGGUUUUUCAUGGAGCAUAUUCCUUUGGGAAUUUCAUCUAAGCAGUUUUCACUCAGAUCGAGUACCCUGACGCUGGUUAGACUGGUGCAGGACAGGUGAACUCUGUGCAGCCCGGUGUUCCUCAGAUAAACAUGGGUAAGUGAUGUCCAAGAGCAUGUCUGGGCUGGCAGCUCCUCCAAGCUGUUAUCAGACAGGCUGAGUUCACUCUUUUCAGUGAGAUUGUUCCAAAAUGGGGGAAGCUUGUGCAGGGGAUUAUGAGACAGAUCCAGCACCGCCAGCUUCUGGCAGUGUUGCAGCGUGGGAGGAAUGGAAGAUAAGUUAUUAAAAGCUAAAAAUAGCUUAACUAAGUUUGUUAGAGAGCCUAUCUCUUCUGGGAUGUGACUGAUGAGAUUUUGUUCCAGAUCUAUUAUUUCUAAACUAACAAUUUUACAAAGCUCGAUGGGAAAUUUUUCAAAUCUAUUGUUUUUGAGGUAAAUUUCCUUGAGUUUUUUCAGGUUCACUGUUUCUUUUGGCAGACACUGUAGAUGAUUGUCAGAAAGCCCAAGAAGUUCAAUGAGAUGGAGGUAUUUGCAGAUCUGCACUGGGAUUUCAUGCAAGUUUAUUUGAUAGAGCCUGAGCUGGUGAAGGGACUGCAGGUUGCUGAUUACCUGCAGAGAGCUGUAAGAGAGGGGGUUGUUACUUAAAUCUAAGCUCAGAAUACUUUUCAACAUCCCCAGCUCUUCACAUAUUUCCCGUAUGUGGUUGUGAUCCAAGUAGAGAACCUUCAUGUUCUUCAGGAGUUUUAUUUCUCUCGGGAUGUUCACUAUCAGGUUCUUCUCCAUGUGCAGCUCUUCCAGAUGCUCUAGACUGAAGACCUCAGGUGGGAUGAUUUGCAGCUGCUUAUUGGCUAAAUCAAUAAAAAAAAUCCUAUCUGUGGCGUGCUUGGGAAUCAGAGCUUCAUUCUCUGGUACUUCAUUCAUUGGUUUUUCUUGUGCAGUGGUAACGUGAUUAUCCUCAA